AUGUCGAUCUUGGCUGUUCGUUUGGUUGCCGCCAGUUUUGCGGCUGCGGCUGAGUUUUCGAUAAAAUAUUAUCUCCAACUCAUCUCUCCAGCUUCUCCGACGACGUAUCUCAAGCUCUCGAGCUCUCUCCAUCUCCCUGAAACUCUCACCAUCUCGAGCUUCUCUCCAUCUCAAGCUCUCCCCAUCUCAAGCUCUCUCCAUCUCGAGCUUCUCUCCAUCUCAAGCUCUCUCCAUCUCGAGCUUCUCUCCAUCUCAAGCUCUCUCCAUCUCGAGCUUCUCUCCAUCUCAAGCUCUCUCCAUCUCGAGCUUCUCUCCAUCUCGAGCUUCUCUCCAUCUCAAGCUCUCCCAAGCUUUGUCCGUCUCUCACUCUCUGGACUUGUUGGGUUUUUGUUCCUCUUCAAAGCCAGACCAUCUGAAGCUCAGAUCCUCUCAAGCUCUCUCUGGAGGCUCAUCUCGAGCUCUCUUCUCCGCAAAACCACUCUGAGCUCUCUCAGUCUCAGACUCUCCGAAGCUCUCACUCUUCUCCAACGACGAGGAUUACGGUAUCAAGCUCUCUUAUCUCAAGCUCACACUCUCAAGUUCACACACUCAAGCUCAGAUCCUAUCAAGCUAAGAUCUCUCAAGUUCCUUACCUCUUAA